AUGGAGGACUAUCCGGGCCUAUUCCUCAACGUCGAUAGGAUAUUCAAUUCCGACUCUGGAUCAGAUGUCUCGGACGACAGCGACGAUCAUGAGCACUUUUACCCCAUAGACCCGCCCUGGGUGGUGCGUGCUUGGGACGACUUGAGCAUCAAGCCACUCCCGGACAACAUCAAGGUCAUAGUUGAAGACAUUUGCAAGGCUCUAUGGAGGAAGGGCAAGCUUCCUAUGCCAUCCUCCGUACAUGUGAAACACAGUCAAGUUUUUGAGGUGGAGAUUUCGGAGGAGGACCGGGUCCUGCUCCAGGCCGAUAUGUCUGGAACGGCGGCGAACACGCUAAACUCUUCAUCGGCUGCGAAGAACAGCGCACAUAAUCACACCAAUGGUGAACGGAAGCCACUCGGUGAAUGA